GUGUGUGUGUGUGUGUGUGUGUGGAGUCACUUACAUUGUUACAAAUUUGUGAAACUUUUUCAUUCCUGAAGUGAUCUCAGAUAAGAUUGACUUAUCUGGAUGCGGUUACAAGUGAAGUAAUGAAGUGAAAGGGGAUAAAACAAAAUGGCGGCAAGUUUGUUUCUGCAGUAAUGGCAUUUUGGAGCCUGAAUAUUUAUUUAAUUUUAAAUUCUAACUUGGAAAUCAUCUUUUUGUUUCUGCCAAUACGGACAGACUUAAGUGUGCACGAGUGUAACACAACGUUUUCACAAUGUCAGAAGACUAUCUGUGCUUGACAGAAAUCAAGCCUGUCAAUCAAGUAGAAAUAGAUGAAGUUAAGUCAAGAAGAGAAGAAACUGCAAACACACACUCAUGCAAGCGCACACUUGGCCAGAGGCACUUGACUUGAAAUUGCGUGGAAGCAGUGGACUUGUCACAGAGCGCGUUGAGAAGAAGACACAGUGGGCUGGUGUUGUUGUGACUGUGACGUCAAUAAAGGCUACAAUGAGAGACAACGUGCGCUUAAAAGCGGUGUGGAGGCUUGUGGUUUGCUGCACGGACCGAUCCACAAAAGCCAGAGGACACCACCAUGCUGCCUUUGAGCCUCACACCAUUCGCUCUUUUACUGCAAGUGGCCGUGGUUUAUGGGACCAAUUGGGGCUAUACCAGCCGAGAUGGAGAAAGCCACUGGAACCAACACUUUCCCUACUGUGCUGGGCCUUUGCAGUCUCCAAUUGCCUUCAAGACAGCGAAGCUGAUCUUUGAUGCAUCCUUACGCCCAAUUGUGCUUGAGAACUAUGAUCUGACGGGCGGACGUAAUCUGAAUCUGACAAACAGCGGACAUUCAUUCCAAGUAGUUCUUCCCUCAACGAUGACUAUCUCCGGCCUCCCUCAACGCUACACUGCAGCUCAGCUCCACAUUCACUGGGGCUCCAAAACCAGUCCUCUUGGUUCUGAGCACACGGUUGACAGUAAGCGGUAUGCAGCAGAGCUGCACAUUGUACACUACAAUUCAGAAAAAUACCCCAAUGUAUCCAUGGCUUUUGACAAAUCUGACGGUCUGGCUGUACUGGGGGUCUUCAUCGAGAUUGGGGCCUUCAGUCCAGGCUAUGACAACAUUUUUUCAUAUCUCACUCAAAUCCCCAAGAAAUCAAACAGCCACAACAUUCCGGCUUUUGACAUCAGAACGCUGAUGCCUCAGCGUCUGGAUGAGUAUUUCCGUUACGACGGUUCUCUGACGACACCGCCUUGCUAUCAAAGUGUGCAGUGGACAGUGUUCAAGAAUCCUAUCACUGUCUCUCAAGCUCAGUACGACACUUUGACGACAACCCUCUUCGCCUCCUCGGCAAACCAAGCCAUCGCCGUGCCGCUCAUCAACAACUUCAGGAAGCCACUCCCUAUUGAGAACCGCGUUGUCCUGAGUUCCUUCAAGCUAGGAGUGACGACCUAUAUGUCAACCACGUGCGUCCUCAAACGGAAGGCGAUCGUUCGGCAAUUAUUGGUUGGUGAUUUAGAGGAGGUCAUUGAAAGCGGGCUCCUAUCUGCAAGUGCCACCAAGUUGCUCUACCAGCAGUAUGCGCAAGCCGAAUUGAAGCAACCCAUCCAUGGAUUUACAUCGUCAGCCAGUGUGUCAUCCAAAUGGCUGUCCAUGUUGAAAGAGAUCUCUCAGCCGACAGUGGCCUUUGGCUCAUUGCUGCAGCAGAAGUCCCUGGAGAUCCAACAGUCCACCACCACCAAGAGCCUGGCUGUUACUUUGGCUGAUGCUGUUCUCCCAAAGCUCAACCUCAACAGCUACCUGGCCUGCAAGGCAGACCUCGCUCCCGCAACCAUCAAGUACAUCCUCAGUGGACGGCCCCUGGGGAACGAAUACGAGGAUUUCUUCCUGCUUGACCCGUACCUUGAUCGUUACACAAUGCAUCCUUGGCUUAGGCAAAUGGAGUGGGAGGACUAGAGAGAUUUCCUCACAUAGUCGAGUCGCUUUCUGUAGCACACGUCAGCGUCAUGUGUGUCUAGCGUAGUACAAGUAGAAUUUUAGCCGCGCUCCGCAUUCUUUGACCUGUCAUCUUCUGCUAAACUUUGUGAAUUCCAACUCAUGUUAUUCAAAUUAAAUUAUUCAUUUGAGUGUGUGUACACUAUCUAUUAUCAUAACUGUGAUUCAGUUCACACUUGCCUGCGUACCAACAUUAUUGACAGCCGCAUUGGCCUGUCAAUACGGCAAAGAUUGUUUCUAUCAAAUUUGUGUUUUGAAAUUAUGCAAAAUAAGGUAUGGACUUUGGAUCCCUGCCUGCCUAUUUUCUUUGAAAAGCUUUAAAUAAACUGUU